AUGGUUAACGCCACUACGUCCCCUCAGUUCUCCCCUUGGUCCUCGCCCUCGGUCCUCGCCCUCAGUUCUCCCCUCGAUCCUCCGGCGGAUGUCACGCUUUCAGCAAAAGCGCGACUCCGGCCCACUACUAAGCGCGACUCCGGCCCUGCUACUAAGCGCGACUCCGGCCCUGCUACUAAGCGCGACUCCGGCCCUGCUACUAAGCGCGACUCCGGCCCUGCUACUAAGCGCGACUCCGGCCCUGCCACUAAGCGCGACUCCGGCCCUGCUACUAAGCGCGACUCCGGCCCUGCUACUAAGCGCGACUCCGGCCCUGCUACUAAGCGCGACUCCGGCCCUGCUACUAAGCGCGACUCCGGCCCUGCUACUAAGCGCGACUCCGGCCCUGCUACUAAGCGCGACUCCGGCCCUGCCACUAAGCGCGACUCCGGCCCUGCUACUAAGCGCGACUCCGGCCCGCUACUAAGCGCGACUCCGGCCCGCUACUAA